GUUGACUUCGCGCUUUGUUUUGUUAAAGCAUUGAUGGAUAUUUUUCGGGAAAACUGCUAUUUUUAAAUUCAUAAGACGGUACUUUUUAUUUGUGUUAUUGGUAGUAGUGACAUUAUAUCAUUACCCUCGUCUUGCUGGAGAAGUCUCCAUUGAUCUGGAGAACUGUAUUUUCUGUCUGAUUCUUGCCUUAAACUUCUAGUAUUGUUAAAAAUGGAAAACUGUCCACCGCAGAAGUCGGGUGCUCUAGCUACCAUAAACAGCUGGUUUUCGUUUACCACUCCAGCUGUAAAAAAACUCCUAGGAUGGAAACAAAGCGAUGAAGAAGAAAAGUGGGCUGAGAGAGCCGUAGAUGCUUUGGUUAAGAAGUUGAAGAAAAAUAAAGGAGCAUUAGAAGAACUUGAAAAGGCAUUGAGUUGUCCUGGACAGCCCACCAAUUGUGUUACGAUUCCUAGGAGCCUUGAUGGUAGAUUGCAGGUUUCACAUAGAAAAGCAUUGCCUCAUGUUAUAUAUUGCCGUGUUUGGCGUUGGCCAGAUUUGCAGUCGCAUCAUGAGUUGAAGCCAAUGGAACACUGCCGAUAUCCGUUUUCAUCGAAGCAGAAAGAUAUUUGUAUAAACCCAUAUCACUAUAAGAGGAUUGAAAGUCCAGUUUUGCCACCAGUGCUCGUUCCACGCCAAUCGGAAUUCGCACCUGGCCAUUCAAUGCUACUUCCGUUUCAACAAGUACCUGAACCGUCGAUGCCUCAGAACGUCAGCUACAGCAAUAGCGGCUUCAGUGGGCCCGCUGGCCCACCUUCGCCCAUGAGUAGCAUCAGUAGCAUUAUGAGCCCAAGCUCUUCUCCUCAGAGUCAGUACUCCGAAGGCGUUGCAGAUUUCGGAAACUGCCAGACAUAUUCCAAUCCAAAUGCGAUGGAUACGGCCCCUGCUUCCGGAGCCUCGGCCAUUUCAUAUCAGGAGCCGCCAUUUUGGGCUACUGUCGCUUACUAUGAACUCAAUUGUCGGGUAGGCGAAGCAUUCCAUUGCCAGACCCGCUCAGUAGUCAUCGAUGGAUUCACAAAUCCAGGUUCGGUUAUGAAUAAUAGAUUCUGCCUAGGCCAGGUGCCGAAUGUUAAUCGUAAUGCCGCAAUCGAGAACACGAGGAGGCAUAUUGGUAGAGGAGUACAUUUAUAUUACGUCGGCGGAGAGGUAUAUGCCGAAUGCCUGUCAGACGCUGCCAUAUUCAUACAGUCUAGAAACUGUAACGUUCACCAUGGGUUCCAUCACUCGACCGUCUGCAAGAUCCCACCAGGUUGUUCUUUAAGGAUAUUUAGUAAUCAGCAGUUUGCUCAACUUCUUUCAGAGAGCGUGCGGCAUGGGUUUGAUGCUGUGUAUGAACUCACUAAAAUGUGCACGAUAAGGAUGUCCUUCGUGAAAGGAUGGGGUGCAGAGUAUCUGCGACAAGAUGUGACUUCGACACCAUGUUGGGUCGAAAUUCAUCUCCAUGGGCCACUUCACUGGUUGGAUCAAGUUCUCAGCCAAAUGGGUUCUCCGCACAACCCGAUAUCAUCAGUAUCAUGAUUCUGAGAGCAUCUGACAUGGGUUCGAUGCCCUUUACGUACUCGCCAAAAUGUGCGCAAUAAGUGAGAAUCGCACAAAAAUCAGUUGGAGAGACUGAACAGUUGGUUUCAUUUAUAACCUCUGCCGUUAAAAACAACCAGGAUGGAAACACAAGAACAAAAGUUGACCUAAGAGAGCUCAAGAUACUUUAAAUAAGAAGUAAUAAGUGAAGGAAGAAAAGUUGAGUAGCAUUAAGGUUUGAAAAGACAUUGAGUUGUCUUGGACGACCUGGCCUAAAUGGUAGAAAGCUGGAUAUGAUUUAUUCAGGAUUGUGAGCUUAUAUGAUAAAGACACUAAACAUUCAUAUAUAUAUAUUAUAUAUAUGAUUCUGCAGGAUGUCCUUCGUGAAAGUAUUAAGUCCAGGGUGUCUCGGACAAGAUGAGACUUCAGCAGCUUAUUGGAUUGAAAUAAUCUCCUACAACCACUUCAUUGAUUGGACCAAUUUUGAUGUUGAACAUCAUAACCGAAUUUCAUCAGGAUCAUUAAUAAUAAUCUUUAAUAUAUUGUAAAUAUGAAUACAAUUUGACUAAUACAGUUCUAUUAAUAUAUAUUUAUAUUAUAGCAUGUUAUUGUAUUUAUUCAAUUUUUUAUUGUUAAAAUUAACAGUGAUUUAACUAUUCAAAAGGUUAA